AUGGAAAGUUUGUCGACAUCGUCACCAUCCCCACUAAACUGUCCAAUCAUUUCGAUAAACAUUCGCGUGUGGCGCUUCUGGUCGUUUGUGUUGAAGCACGACGCCAUGCGCUACAUCACCAUCAUCCCGAUAGGCGCGAUGAAUGUGUUUAUGUUCGCCGAUCUGUACCGAGCGUGGGGUAAUAUCGAUGAGGUGAUUAUCAACGCCUUCUUUGCGGUGCUUUGGUUCAAUGCGUUGCUUAGAGCACUGACUUUGGUGUAUAACCACGCAACGUUCGAACAGUUUUUCGAGGAUAUUGCUAUCGUGUAUAAGGAGAUUGAGUCAAUGAAGGAUGACUUCAUUCAAAAGAUGGUUCAAAGUUUCACCAAACGAGCUCGAACAUUAUCGUACGCGAAUUUAGGUUUGGGGGCUGUCAUCAGCGCAUGUUACGUGAUAUAUCCGCUGUUCACCGCAGGUCGCGGAUUGCCAUAUGGGAUGACCAUUCCGGGAGUGAGCAUCUUCAACUCGCCCCAGUGGGAGGUGUUGUACAUUGCUCAGGCGGUCCUGACGUUUCCCGGAUGCUGCAUGUACAUCCCAUUCACUAGCUUCUUCGCAACAUGUACGCUGUUUGGUUUGAUCCAGAUCAAAACGGUGCAGCAUCAGUUACAGGAAUUCAAGAGACGUGAAGUUGAUAAAAGCUGCGAGGAUUACAAUUGCAAGCUAGUAUCAAUUAUCCGUAAGCAUCAAAGGGUCAUCACGUAUGUGCACAAGCUGAACUCUUUGGUGACCUACAUUUGUUUGGUGGAACUGGUCUCGUUUGGAAUGAUGUUGUGCGCGUUGCUUUUUCUAUUGGUAAUUAUCGACAACCACGCUCAAAUAGUAAUCGUAAUGGCGUACAUUUUCAUGAUAGUUUCCCAAAUAUUCGCCUUCUAUUGGCAUGGCAACGAGCUUCGCGAGGAGAGCAUGGCCAUUGCCCUCGCUGCUUACAGUGGACCGUGGUUCGAGUUGGACACUGUGGUGCGGAAAAAACUCCUGCUGAUUAUCCUCCGAGCUCAGCGGCCACUGCAGAUUACAGUGGGAAACGUUUUCCCGAUGACUUUGGAGAUGUUCCAAUCGCUGCUAAAUGCGUCGUAUUCGUAUUUCACCCUGCUGAGACGGGUUUAUAAUUGA